AUGAUUCCGUUGGAGUUUCGUUACCUAGGCAGCGCAGCAGCUCUUAUCAAUUUUGCAGAACGGCACAUGAAGCUUCGAGUAAGCCGGGAUACGAUGCGUCGUUGUUCGCUUCUUCUUGCGUUUCUGUUCUGCAUCGACCACGUUGCAUAUUUGGACAGUGUCAGCGUCCACAAUUGGCCAUCCGUGUUCAACAACCAGCCGUCAAAGAACUGGGUUGUCCUGGUCGCUGGUACCAACACCUGGGAAAAUUAUCGACAUCAAGCGGACGUUUACCACGCGUAUCAAGUCGUGCGUAAAAACAAGGUUCCACCGGAGAAUAUAAUUACUCUCGCCUACGAUGAUAUUGCAAACAAUCCCAGGAAUCCGUUUAAAGGACAAGUGUUCAAUCACUACAAUCACCGAGAUGUCUACAAAGGUGUGGUAAUUGAUUACCGUGGAAAAGAUGUCACACGGGAUAACUUCAUGAAAGUGCUGAAAGGCGAUAAGAAACAUGAAGCCAACGAGAAGAAGGUGCUGGAAAGCGGUCCUGAUGACAACGUGUUUAUCUUCUACUCUGGCCAUGGUGGGAGUUCUUAUAUUGGCCUCCUAGGAGAAUAUCUGUAUGCCAUCGAGUUGAACGAUACCCUCGCCUACAUGCAUUCAAAGAAAAAGUUCAACAAAUUGGUGCUCUACAUGGAAUCUUGCAACUCAGGCUCUAUGUUUAAAGAUGUUCUUCCUUCAAAUAUGGGAAUCUACGUGACAACUUCAGCCAUGGAAGAUGAAGCAUCCUGCGCUGUUUUUUGUUUUGACUCGAAAAUUGAUGUUUGUAUGGCGAACGAAUACCCGUAUGAAUGGAUUACAGAUUCGGAACAGAAUGACAUAAAAAAGCGUACACUGAAGGAACAAUACACGGCGGUGAGAAGAAAGACGUUAUUAAGUCACGUGAUGAAAUACGGUGACAUGGCGCAUUUGUUAUCAAAGUUUCGGCGCUUGAUGGAGGCCGAAACCGAGGAGGAACUUGAAGCCGCUUGGCGUAAGCUGCACCGUGCAAUUCAGCUUGGCCACAUCGUCAAGGAGACGUUUCGCAACAUCAUCAUGGAUGUGACAACCCACCAUGAGCCAACAAUAAAGGGUUUAUCCAAGAGGGAUGAGCUCAUUGUCAGCGUCCACAAUUGGCCAUCCGUGUUCAACAACCAGCCGUCAAAGAACUGGGUUGUCCUGGUCGCUGGUACCAACACCUGGGAAAAUUAUCGACAUCAAGCGAAGAUGAAAUACACGGAGCGUCUGAUGACCGCCUGUACCAUGAUCAGUGAUAAUCGAGCUGAUGUGGAAAACCUAUCAGUGAAACUGACAAGCGUUUCACCGAUUGAAAUUAUUCGUGGACUCCAUGUUACAUCCACCGACGGAACAUGGUGUUUACCACUGACCAUGCAAGGAGCACAGACAUUAUCACCUGCUCAACUCAAGGUGCAAUUUAUUUCUGCAAUGGGAUCGCUGUUUCAUCAACGAGUUUCGUUGGAUGCGCUCAUGGCAUUAAUCUACAUAUGA